AAUUUCAAACUCUCCAUAUUCAUACUGCUGAUCUCUGCCUUUAUGUUCAUAUGCUUCCGAUGCGCCUCUCUCUGCCGACCAGAUACUCUAGCAUGGCGGCGACGCGAGAACCUUCAACUCUGGAAUAAGAAUAGAUGUGCGAUUUUCACUUCUGGACUUUUGAAUUCCUUUUUCUUCUGGAAUUUUGAAUUCCUCCGUAGAUGAUGCAAGGAAGCUUGAGAAAUGCAAGUAAAGGUGGAAAAUCUUCAAGCAUAGAUAGAAAGUUGGCAUUGCAACAAGAUGUAGAUAGGUUGAAGAAGAAGCUUAAGCAUGAGGAGAAUAUUCAUAGGGUAUUGGAGAGAGCUUUUAAUAGACCUUUAGGAGCUUUACCUCGUCUUCCUCCUUAUCUACCUCCAUAUAUACUAGCACUUCUGGCUGAAGUGGCAUUUUUGGAAGAGGAAAUUGUUAGGCUUGAAGAGAAAGUUGUGUAUAUCAGGCAGGAUUUGUAUCAGGAAGCUGUCUACAUAUCAUCUUCGAAGCCUAAAUUCGAGCAUUCGCCUCUUCCAAACAAUUCAAACAUCUCAGCAACAACAAUCGACAGUCCUAUAUUGGAUAAAUUGAAGUGUUGAUAAUUCAGCUGCAAUAUCUACAACUAGGCCUACCAUACUAGUCCAAGGUGAGUAAGAGCAAUUCAUUGUUAUGUUUUAACUUAUUCAGCAUAAUUAGUUGCCGGUUUUUAGUCCAUGAAGUGUAAGUUUAGUGGUAAGAGUCUAACUUUGUAACUUCAAGUGACAGUGUUCAAAUCCCUCAGGAAUAGUCGUAAAAUGAUCAUUAAUGUCACUCACUUUAAUUAAUAAUAAUUUGUUUUAGAUUUUAGCCCGAAAAGUUCCGUUUGUGCCAAAAAGGGUGUAGUCCUUCCCUCAUGGAUUUUGCUUUUUGUUUGGUUUGCUAGAGAAUAGACAAGGAAAAGAGAAUAAAUCCUGCACAAUAUAAAGAUUAUGAUGUACUGGUACAUUAAAAUGUAUUAACCAAUAGUAAUUUGACAUGCUGUAAUAGUAUUGACAGGCUGGAACAAUUAAGUUUGACUUAUAUUUGUAGAUUUAACACUACAAAACAUCUGCAUUUUUCACUUUUCACCACCCAAUAUUCUUGUUGAUGAUUUUGUUCAUCAUCAAAGCUAAUUUCAAACUCUCCACAUUCAUACUGCUGAUCUCUGCCUUUAUGUUCAUACUGCUGAAUCUAUUAUAUAACAAAAAAUGUCAUCAAUUCAUAACAAAACAAAUUUGUUCUAAUCAGGAUCUUCUUUAAAAUUUUAAAUGUCUUGUACGAAGCUUGAACUUGCUAUCAUAUUUUUUUAUAAACCACACACGCAUCCACGUUCAUAUGCACACACUUGAUUCUAAGUGAGCUAAUUAAUUAUUUGUAAAUUUCUUAAUCAGUAGCCUCACCGGAUAUAUAGCAUAAAACCUUGUACAAGUUAAAGCCAUCCAUAACCAUAUAUCUAAAAUAAACAAAGGUCUAAUUAUACAUAUUUUUAAUAUUCUUAGCCAUGUCUAUUGAGUCAUAAAAUAUAGAAAAGUAAUUACCAAAUAUUAUCCUAUAACACAACAAACAUUAGGGUAAGCUAGCCAUGGAAUGCAGGAGCAAUGUGGUCAUCAGUGCCUGUAUCAGCAGGGCUACUUGCUGGGACAUCAAAUUUGCUGAACAGCUUAUAGGAGGAAAUGAGGGAAAGAAGCACAUAGCAAACAAGUGCUACAAAUGUGAGAGCUACUGAAGCUGUAAUCUUAUGGCAAAAUUGACCAAAAGAGCCACAAGCUGAGUUCCAUAAUGUUGCACUGUCUCCAUUCUCAGCUAGGUACACAACCUCUAUCGUCAAAGCUCCCGCACUCAAAAUUAUGUAUGUUUGUACCUAGCAAAGAAACAUAUUUCAAUUUGUUUUCUAAUUUGUUAUUCGAUAAUUAUAGAUUAAGGAAAUCCUAAGUUUAAUUUCAUUUUUGUCAAAAAAUAAAUA